UAAACUUUGGUAAAACACGUAUGCUCAAGCAGGCUACUGUCCAACUAAAUUAUUUAGGAAUACUACCUCGGUUACUGACACCGUUUAUAUGUGUCUAUGAUGAAGCAAACAUAUUGCCAACCUAUUUAGUUAAUGGUUAGGUUAUUACGUUUUUUAUCUCAGUGCAGUAAAUUGUAAUGUCCAAUGUGUUUAUAUAAGUAAAGGGAAAUAUAUCAAAUGUGCCUCCAGAUGGGAAAUACCAGGUAACGAGACUGGCUUUAGGACCCAGUGGGAUCCUGGUCCAUGCAGCAGUCUCUCUGUCUCUACGAGGACCAGAAAUCUGCAGUUCACAGAAUGAAGAGAUCAAAAUGAUGCUUCCUUUAAAAAGGGAUUAAACGAUUGAUCGGCGGAUUUCGAGAUCAGCAAAAUUUGUGUUUGCCCUGGUGGGGAGGAGAAGGGAGAGACAUGCUGCUGGCGAGCAUCCGUUGCGACGCCUGACCGACCAUGAUGAAGACGGAGCCCACAUCCAAGAGCACUGGCUCUGGAUCCUCGCUGAGGAGCCCAUCCCCGCACCGUAACGCGUACGAAGCCGGGAUGCAGGCCCUCAAGCCCGUGAAGGAGAACAAUGCCGCGAACGGAGACCUGCAGGAAGGCCCGCGGGGACGCAGGUACGGCUCCAACGUCCACCGUAUUAAGAACAUGUUCCAGCAGAUGACCACCACAUCGCCCUGCGCCGACGGCGCCGAAGAGGGCGAUGGCGAGGGCGGCGAGAUGGAGGACACAGACAACGCCGACACAUCGGUCCGUCUGUCCCUACCCCGAGCAGGGAGCUUGAACGAGAACGUGGACCAUAGUGCGCUUUUGACUGGAUCUACGGUCUCCGACCGCGUUGGUAAACUAGACCCCAAGGCGGAGAACGGGCAGCAGCCGCAGAGAGCGUCGUCGCCCAGCUACUCCAAGCUGCAGGAGACGCGGCGGAUAUUUGAGCAGCAGCAGGAGCGGCAGCAGGAGAAGCUGGCGACCACGCGGGUGUUGCUGAAGACAGACAAGGCCUCGAGCUUCCAGGGCCGGCUAGACGUCGGCCGCUUCAACGGCAGCACAGAGUCCCUGGACAGCCUAGACACCAGCGAGGCCGUGUCCCCCACGGUCAGCCAGCUGAGCGCGGUGUUCGAGCGCGCCGCCGAGCUCCGGAGCAACCUGCAUCGCCUGUCCUCCACGCCGCCCCUACCCUCCCGCGGGGUGUGCACCAAAGUGGGUGUGCUGCACUCAAAACUCAUCCCCAAGAGGGCCAGGGCGCUGCCGGUCAGCAACCACGAGGAUGAGGGGGGCCGCGGUCAGAAGGACCAGGAAGGGGGCCCGCCCAGGAGCCCCAGGGGAAGGACCACCACCAGCACACGGUCGCCCCCCACAUCUGACAGCCUCAACGGGGGCCAAAACGGUGCUGAACUCUCCUCCGGCCGCCACCAUCACCACCACCAUGCAGCGGAACCAAACGACCAGAAGAACCAAAAGUCGGUCUCGGAUGCGGGGGUCGAGGCGAAGAGUGGGGACGUGAAGCCCAGCAAGUUUAACCAGGGUCAGGACCCCGGCAGCACCCUCUCCAGCGGGGACACCCACGCCUCCGUGGGGAACGGGGACGCCACCGGCCGGCAGCCGCGUCAAAGCUCUCCGAAGGGGGGCACGGGCCAGGAUGGAGGGCCACAGGUGGACGGCGAGGGGGCAGAGGGUGAAGGGAGAACCGGGGAUGAGGAGCCGCAGUCGGGCCGCCGGUCGGGGGACGUCGGCACCUACAGCUCUGUGGGGAGGAGUACGAUAGCCAGGGACGAGGAGGAAGGGGAGAGGGACGAGGAGGAAGACGAGGAGGAAGAAGAGGAGGAAGAAGAGGAGGAUGACAGCUACGAACCCGAGUCCAGCUGCGUGGAGGUCACUGGGCUGCCUGAGGAGGAGGACCCGCCGGCCUCUCGGAAGAUCCGCUUCAGUGUCGACCCGAUUAAGGUGUUCGCCACCUAUCCCAACGAGGACUAUGACCGGCGGAACGAGGACGUGGACCCCAUGGCGGCCUCGGCGGAGUACGAGCUGGAGAAGAGAGUGGAGCGGCUGGACCUGUUCCCCGUCGAGCUGGAGAAAGACGGCGACGGUCUGGGCAUCAGCAUCAUCGGCAUGGGGGCCGGGGCCGACAUGGGCCUGGAGAAACUGGGCAUCUUCGUGAAGACCGUGACUGAUGCAGGGGCCGCCCACAGAGACACCAGGAUCCAGGUGAACGACCUGAUCGUGGAGGUGGACGGCACCAGCCUGGUGGGCGUCACGCAGAGCUUCGCCGCCACGGUCUUAAGGAACACCUCAGGAACCGUCAAGUUCCUGAUUGGCCGGGAGAAGCCCGGGGAGCAGAGCGAGGUGGCCCAGCUCAUCCAGCAGACCCUGGAGCAGGAGCGCUGGCAGAGGGAGGUGAUGGAGCAGCGCUACAGCCAGUACAUGGACGACCAGGAGGGGGGUGAAUACGCUACCGACGAGGAAGAGGACGAGGACGAGAUGAGCCCCUCCUACCGCGGGGCGAUCGAGGUGUUCGACCUGGUGGAGAACGAGGACAUGUCGCCCCUGGAGACGGAUCCCGAAAAGCUCGCCCACAAGUACAAAGAGCUCCACAUAAAACAUGCCGUCACGCAGGCUGAGAUCCAACAACUGAAAAGAAAGCUGCACCACGCCGAGCAGGAUAAGCAGCGGUGGCGCAUGGACAAGGCCCAGCUGGAGCAGACGCUGCAGGAGAACAAGGAGCGCAUGGAGAAGCUGGAGGGCUACUGGAUGGAGGCCCAGAGCCUGUGUCAGGCGGUGGACGAGCACCUGAAGGAGACGCAGGCCCAGUACCAGGCGCUGGAGCGCAAGUACAGCAAGGCCAAGCGGCUCAUCAAGGAGUACCAGCAGAAGGAGAUAGAGUACCUGAAGAAGGAGACCCAGCGGUGUGCACAAGAUGGAGCCGAGGCCUCGGAGCUCCAAGAGGAGUCUGGGCAGCUUGAGGAGCAGGUGGCUGACCUGGAAUCCAGGGUCGAGGAGCUGAAAUCAGAUCCUUUAUAGGGAACAAAUAGAAGCCUUCUUCCUCAUGGCGUUUAUCAAUGGAAGCUGAACUUGGCGAGAUUUAAGGAGACGUCGGCGACGAUGAUGGUGGCGUUAUUGUACUCGCAGUGAAACGCAGGGUAUCUUUGGUCUCCAAACGUACUGUGUAUGUACCCUUCGGCUUUAACCCCAGUUUAUUUAAACCCUUUUUAACUUUUCUUUUUCUGAUUACAUUUGGAAAGGUAGUUUUCUCUUCACAAAGGAUAACAUUUUCUGUCGCAGUAUUCGUGUCGUUUAGUUUUUUGAGAGUUCAGUAUUUAACCAUUCCCCAUUUAUUUCUUUUUUUGCUUUUGCUUUUAAUUGCCAAACACAUUCCUACUAUUCCUUUGCCUCAUUUUUGUGAAAUGUUCUGAAUUGUACAGACGGCGUUACUGCUGUAUGUGGUGCAUCGCACAGAGUUGUGGGGGCCGUGUAUAUAUUUUUAUUAAUGUGUAAAACAUUUAACAUUAUAGAAACUAACGAGAUUGUGGAUCAGCGUGUGUAAUUUAUGUGAUCGAGACAGGCGUGUUGGUUUUGAAAGGCUAUUGCACUUGAGAGGGAUAUCGGCAUCACUGGAACGGCACGGAGCCCGGAGUGACUCCAAAACAUGUACACCAAUACCCUGACCUCCUUCAGAAUGGUUUCCUCCUCGCUUCUUUUCAAGAAAAACCACCUGCUGCCUACUUUUCAAAGCGGUUUCUGUUUUUUUUAACAUUUUCUUUAACGUAACAAAGACUCUCCCGUACUUCGACGAUCAAACAAUCGCUGGUUUCCACUCUCGUCGUCGUCAAACGCUCUACUACUUUCCUAACAUGGACCAGACUCCUGAACUGCUGUGCCACACUUAGAAACGGAUGAAAACGGAUUACAAGUUGUUCUUUUUGUGAUUUUUCUCUUCAAGAUGGAUGUUGCCAAGGGUUGUUGUAACCGGUAUUAUUAGCUAGGACUACUGAUAUACAAAUACAUAUAUAUAAUAUAUAUAUAGAAACGAAACACAACUGGGACUUGGGUGGUUUUAGACGCCCGUACCAGCAGUAGAUUUUUAGAUUUGAAUAUGUAGUGUAACAAACCAGCAGCUGCACACGACACCCCUGUAUCCCUAACCCUACCCCCCCCCCCACCGCCCAUAACUCCCCGCCCAUA